AUGGACAACAGACAAUUGCUGCUCACAUUAUUUCUCACAAUAGCCAUGCUAUUAUACAACAGGCAAGUACUAGCCAAUCGUCGUUGCCCCAACUGCGGCCAAUCUCCGGUGCCAUAUCCAUUUAGCACGAGCCCAGCCUGCGGCGAUCCAUUAUACAAAAUUACCUGCAAAGCAAACGCAUUAUGGUUUAACGCACUAAACGGAUCCUCCUACUUAAUCACAUCCAUCAACCCAUUAACCCAACGGUUAACUAUCCGACCGCCCGGCUUCGCCAAGAACACGUGCAUGGCAGCUGAUUUUGCAAGCCAAGGCUUUCAACUAGACAGUAAUCUUCCUUUCAAUAUUACUGGCAGUAACACAGUAAUUAUCAUGAAUUGUUCGCAGUUAGUUUUUGAAUUUUUCUCGGCUUUAAACUGUUCUUCUACCAGUAGAUGCCAUGACUAUGUUAAAGAAAAUGCAGUAGCAAAAGCAGCAUGUGGGGCCAUACCAGAACAGAUAUGUUGUUGGUUUAAAACUGGUGGGUCCCUCAAUGAGUAUAAAAUUAGGGUUCGGACGGAAAGGUGUUCUGCUUAUCAAAGUUUUGUGAAUUUGGAUUUGGAAUCCCCGGUGAGUAAGUGGCCGGAGCCUGGGUUGGAGUUAGAGUGGAGUUUACCACAGGAGCCCAUGUGUAAAACGACAGCGGAUUGUCAGGAUUUGCCAAAUUCUUUGUGUUUGCCGGAUCCGAUUGGUGUUCGAACGAAAAGGUGCUUCUGCCUUGCUGGGUUUAUGUGGGAUCCCAUCAAUGGAGUAUGUGAGAAGUGCAAACAUAGGGGUCAUUGUCAUCAACACAAGACAAAAACUCCAUUAAUUGGUGGUUCAGCCCUUGCUGUGGUUGCAAUGCUUCUUGGAAUAAUAGUUAUCUUUUUAGUCUACAAAAAGCAGCAUCUUCAUCAGAAAAGGGAAAAAUUAGCACAAGUAAAUUUAAGCAAGGUAAGAGAAAGAAUUUUAAGUGUAAACAGCGGUGGAUUAAUGGGCAGGAUUUUCACAAGCAAAGAAAUAACAAAAGCAACAAACAACUUCUCAAGAGACAAUCUCCUCGGCUCUGGAGGUUUCGGUGAGGUUUUCAAAGGUAUUAUAGACAAUGGAACCGUAACAGCAAUAAAACGUGCGAAGGCAGGAAAUACUAAAGGAAUUGACCAAAUUCUUAAUGAAGUUCGAAUUCUCUGCCAAGUUAAUCACAGAAGCCUAGUAAAACUUCUGGGUUGCUGUGUCGAGCUCGAGCAACCUCUUUUGGUAUAUGAGUACAUCCCUAAUGGAACGCUUUUCGAUAACCUCCACACAAGUAACAAGAAGGCACAUUUAACAUGGACACGUCGUCUUGUCAUUGCUCACCAAACAGCAGAAGGUCUUGCAUAUCUACAUUCUUCUGCUACACCGCCUAUUUACCACCGAGAUGUUAAAUCUAGUAAUAUUCUGCUCGAUCAAGAACUCAAUGCCAAAGUUUCUGAUUUUGGUAUCUCCAGGCUUGCAGUGACAGAUACAAGUCAUAUUACAACUUGUGCUCAAGGAACAUUAGGCUAUCUCGAUCCAGAAUAUUACAUUAAUUUUCAAUUGACCGAUAAAAGCGAUGUUUAUAGCUUUGGAGUUGUGUUAUUAGAGAUGUUGACUUCAAAAAAGGCCAUUGAUUUUAGUAGAGUUGAUGAAGAUGUGAACUUGGUGGUCUAUGGCAGGAAAAUUUUGAAACAAGAGAAAUUAUUGGAUGCUAUUGAUCCUGUGCUUAAAGAAGGAGCUAGUAAGUUAGAACUAGAGACUAUGCAAGCAUUAUGGUCUUUAGCAGAAGCUUGUUUGGAUGACAAGAGGCAAAAUCGACCGUCGAUGAAAGAAGUUGCAGAUGAGAUUGAGUACAUUAUGAGUCUUGUUAUAGCUGAUGAGAAUUCAUGUAUUAACUCAUCAACUAUAAAAAGUGUUUAG